AUGGCUGGGGAUGUUACUCGCCAUUCCCGCAUCGGUUUGCAGGUCGACCCAGCAGGUCAUGCACGGUCUCCCCGUAGCCGGAAGGCCGAUGCGGGAAUGGCGAGUAACAUCCCCAGCCAUUCCGCGGGAAACUUCUCAAGACGCAUCGGAGUCACCAGUGUAGUGCCGAGAGAUAGGGAGCCGGAGGCGGUGCAAUGGAGGUGUGAAAGGGAGAAGCGUGGACACAGGGAGAGCAGACUGCUGGAGAACCUCAAUAAAAUAGUUACGGAAACAAAUGAGCAGAUGCUGCCUACAGAUCUGGAGGGCAUGCUGUCCAAUGUGUUUACGCGAUUGGAUGCUGCAAAUCACAUGGCGGAGAGAGUCCAGCAGAGGGAGCUAGAGGCCCAGCAGAGCACCCAGCUGCAGGGGAGCAUGGAGCGUCUGAAGGAGGAGUGGGCAGAGUUUCUGAAGGAGCAGCAGAGAUUAAAGGAGGAGGUGGACGAGGAGCACGCCAAGGCAGUCGGACAACUGAGCACCACGUACAACGAAAAGAAGAAGGACUUGACCAAGUUCUCACCUCUCUAAUCAGUUCACUCUUUUAUUCCAUGCUGGUGUUUGUUAUGGACAUGGACGUCUGUUCUGUACGUGCAGAACUAAGCUAUCGGCUUUGAUUGAUGAACCUGUUGGUUGGCAUAACAUUUGGAGGUUUUGCUCCUGCACAAGACUCAACAUUUUCCAAAUCGUAAAUAUGAAAGUGUGAUUAACAAUGUAGCAUUUCACAGGCCAUCAAACUUGCACAUUUCUGUCUGUAGCACCUGGAAUCUUCACGGCACCUAAAAGGUCUGGAAUAUGUCAUUUUUAAACAAGCAAUCAUUUGAUUGUUCCUUGGCCGUGAAGUUUUCAACAUUUUUAAUGGAUGCCCGUCUGAAGGGUGCUGAGUGCUGAUGAUACAUUUGCGUAGGCCUCAAGUUAAAAGGAACCUUGAGUUUGGCACCAAGGUGAGAUAUUGUAGGCACUGAAAGCCAGAUAAUUAAAUGUUAGAACAGUCUUUCUGAGCAGGUGUGUUUAAAGUGUUGUAGAAACGUUCUCAAACAAAACUGUUUCCAGAACAAAUCAUCCCUCACAUGCUCUCCCAUGUUUCAAACACUUCACCUCUGACAUGAGCUUCAUGUAAACCAACUGUCUAUGAAGUAACUUUUAUAAUAAAGCUAUUUUGA